AUGAGUUCUGACUCGACGAUCAACCAAACCUCAAAUGAUAAACCAAACUCAAGAUGGCAAGACUUAUCAUCCGAAAAGAAAUUUGGAUUAAUCACACUUUUUUCAUUAGGAUCAGCUUUAUUGAUUACUGGUAGAACUGCAAGAGCACUUACUAAACGGAUUCCUAAAUUCACUGGUCAACCAAUUCAUUCAAACCAAACUUUAUCUUCAACUUCUCAAAUACCAUCAACUCAACCAAAACUACAACCAUCAGCUCACUCUGAUAUUUCUAUAAACCCAUCUUCAACUGAAACCCUUGCAACAACUCAUCAAACUUUUUGGGAUAACAAAUCAAUUUUAUGUAUAAAAGAUCCAAAAGAAUCAACUGAACAACCAGAAAUUAAUUUCAACCCAGGAUUAGAUGCUAUCAGCGCACUAGGUAUAGCUACUUUAAUAGUUUUAAGCACAAGUACUUUAACCAUUAAGAUCUUAAGUAAAAGGUGGCAAUUAGAUUCAUGGAACGAUUGGAGAAUGUUUAUCCAAGGUGGAUGUCUUGGACCGAUCUUGAUUCCAAACGGUUGGAAAGAAUGGGCUCAAGAUCGAAUUCCUAAAUCUUAUCAAUUUUCAAAUUUAAAAAAUCAUCAAUCAGAUCUUGAAGAAGAAGAAUCUCAUCAAUGGGAAUGGAAACAAAAACUUGAUCUUGAAUGGAAAGAAGAAUUUAAUAGACGUGAAAUAGAAAGAAAAGAAUGGGUUUAUCAACGUGAAUUGGCUGGCAAACGGAUUUGGUAA